UUGUAACGUUUUGACAUCUCAAUACUGUUUGUUUUCCCCGACUUAAAAGCCUCUCGGUUGUCACCAAACCAUUAAGAGUGGGAAAUCUGUUCUAGUUAAACUUCGACGAAUUGGUCUUCCUACCUAUAUAUGUAGAUAUUAUAUUUAAUUAAUUUAAUUCACGAUGUUACUGGAGCACCCAGGAUCCAGCGCACAGACAGCGGCAGGGUUUCCACGGUACGCGUCCAGUCAAGAGAUCCCCGUGUGCGCCGGCUGUAACCAACACAUCGUGGAUCGCUUUAUUCUGAAAGUGCUCGACCGGCAUUGGCACAGCAAGUGUUUGAAAUGCAGCGACUGUCAAACCCCUCUGUCGGACAAGUGCUUCAGCAGGGGCGAGAGCGUCUACUGCAAGGAGGACUUCUUCAAGAGGUUUGGGACUAAAUGCGCCGCCUGCCAGCAGGGUAUCCCCCCGACUCAAGUGGUAAGAAGAGCCCAGGACUUCGUCUACCACCUGCACUGCUUCGCGUGUAUCGUCUGCAAACGGCAGCUCGCCACGGGAGAUGAGUACUACCUGAUGGAGGACAGCCGGCUCGUGUGCAAGACGGACUACGAGACUGCCAAGCAGAGAGAGGCAGAUUCCACCGCGAAACGACCCCGGACUACCAUCACGGCUAAACAGCUCGAAACACUGAAAAACGCCUACAAUAACUCACCUAAACCAGCCAGACACGUCCGAGAGCAACUGUCGUCUGAAACCGGCUUGGACAUGCGAGUAGUGCAGGUGUGGUUCCAGAAUAGAAGAGCGAAGGAAAAGAGGUUAAAAAAAGAUGCCGGGAGACAGAGAUGGGGCCAGUACUUCCGCAACAUGAAACGGUCCAGGGGCAGCUCCAAAUCGGACAAGGACAGCAUACAGGAAGAGGGGGUGGACAGCGAUGCCGAAGUCUCCUUCACAGAUGAACCUUCCAUGUCAGACAUGAGCCACUCCAAUGGAAUUUACAGUGGACUUAGUGAGGCCUCACCAGCCAUUGCAAGGCAAGCUGGGAGUCACGGCAGCUUCACCCUGGAGCACAGUGUAAUCCCAAGCCAGGAUCAGUAUCAUGACAUCCGGUCCAGCAGUCCAUACGGUGUGCCUCAGUCUCCCGGGGCUCUUCAAGCAAUGCCUGGUCACCAGCCUCUUAUCUCCAGUCUGGUCUAUCCAGACUCGGGACUCGCCAUCAUGGCCCAGGGUGCACAGGGCAUGAGCCAGGCAAUGCGAGUGUUAGGUGGCAAUGGACCCAGUUCAGACCUGUCCAGUGGCAGCAGCGGGGGCUACCCUGAUUUUCCAGCCAGCCCCGCCUCCUGGCUGGAUGAAGUGGAUCACGCCCAGUUUUGACGACGGCGCCCAUCCUCAGUGAAAGUUCAUUUGUCCCUUUCUUGGGCGACUGGAGCUUCUCAUCCGAGGGGAGAAGGAUGGAGGACAACACAAAGCCAUGAAUCAAAGUGUGGCGGUUUCUCAAAUUGUUUGAUCCCACCUUCAAUACUAGCAGGAUCUUCAUAGAGGAGUCUGCAAGCGAGAUUUCCAAAUGUUCAUUUUGAUUAAUCUUCUCUGUGAGAAAACAUCAUUUCAGCAUGGAAAAAAAAAGCAAAAGAAGCAAAAAAAGGAACGGACAAUCCAAUGACCGACGUUUUUUUCCCAGAUGGAAACUAAGCUGGAAAUCAUCUUGUUGUGUGGCAUAUGAAUGUCAUCUUGUCAUUCUGAAAACGAUUUCCAGAAGCUUAUUGAACCCUAAAGCCUACCACAGGGGUGAGGCGCCAUUUCAUUUCUGCCAUCCACGGACAAUGGCGCAAACUCUUUGGUAUCCAGGCAGCCAGCCGGUUCUCGUUUAGUCGACAUUGAUCUCCCAAGAAUUUCGGUUUUCUGAAUGUUGCCAAAAGUGUACAGAAACGGAGUUCUUUGUUUCCGGAGGGUUUUGUUUUAUUUUAUUUUAUUUUUUUUUCCUUCUUAACGACAAAGGCCCAUUGGAGGCGUCUUAAACGGAACACAAACUCAAACUUUGUACGAUAAAAGGCACACUUCUUCUGAUGGGUUUGCGCUCCUCUUUGUCGGUGGUUAUUCUAUGCAUUUGUGUGUCUUCACAUGUAUCUUGUAUGACCUGUUUUCCUAUCACACCUGGCUGAGGUGACCCCAGGAUGGUGCAAGUGUUUGUUUC